AUGAACGUCUUGGACUGGUGGAAAAGUAAGCUGAGACGUAAGAGAAAGGAGGAGAAAGCUGCAGCCAAAGCUCAGCGAAAGGCUGAGAAAGAAUUAAGGCAGCGAAAGGACUCAGUGAGAGGUCGCCUGCAGGAGCAGAGAGCUUCUGAGCAGGUGGCUGAACAAGAGCAGGAGCCGAGGCCGACCCCAGAGGUGCAAGGGGCACAAAAGGAGGCAGCACGGAGGGACCCCAGGGCCACAGAAGAGCUGCAGAAGCAGCAGCAGAAGGAGUGGUGGGCCCCAGAGAACAAGGCCAUCAUGGCCAAGAUGACACCAGGGGAGAUGCUGGAGGACAUGCCACGCUCGGAGCACAGGAGCUCCUCCAGCAGCUGCUCUAGGGCGAAGCAGAUAAAGAAGAAGGCAGGGAAGAAGACAGUGGAGUGGUGGGCUCCAGGGAACGAGGCCAUCAUGGCCAAGAUGAGUGUCCGGGAGAUGCUGGAGGACAUGCCACGCUCGGAGCACAGGAGCUCCAGCAGCUCCUCUGAGGAGCCUGAGCUAAAGAACCAGGCAGGGAAGAAGAUAGAGAAGUGGUGGGCCCCAGGGAACGAGGCCAUCAUGGCCAAGAUGACAACACGGGAGAUGCUGGAGAACAUGCCUGCCUUGGACCCCUGGAGCUCCAGCAGCUCCUCUGAGGAGCCUGAGCUAAAGAACCAGGCAGGGAAGAAGAUAGAGAAGUGGUGGGCCCCAGGGAACGAGGCCAUCAUGGCCAAGAUGACAACACGGGAGAUGCUGGAGAACAUGCCUGCCUUGGACCCCUGGAGCUCCAGCAGCGACUCUGAGGAGCCUGAGCUAAAGAACCAGGCAGGGAAGAAGAUAGUGAAGUGGUGGGCCCCAGGGAACGAGGCCAUCAUGGCCAAGAUGACAACACGGGAGAUGCUGGAGAACAUGCCUGCCUUGGACCCCUGGAGCUCCAUCAGCUUCUCUGAGGAGGAGGAGGCAGCCAGGAGCAGGGCAACAAAGAGGAGGAGCCAGGAGCCCAGGACCAUGCCGGGGGUCUCCACUGCCAAGUCCCCUCAGAGCUCUGCAUCUCCCUCAGGCUCCAAUGUCCAACAGCCUCUCCAGCCUUCGGAGCAGCAGAAGGAGCCUGGCAAAGAGCCGAGCCCAGGCGGGGUCCAAGUCCCAGAGCCUGGCACGGAGCAGAGCCAGGACAGUAGCCAGCAGCCGCAGCAGCCUACGCCUGCAGCCGCCCGGGCGAGUGACGCCGGGGCACAGAGCAGCGCAGAGGAGCCCAGCAGUGCAGGGAGGAAGCCGAGCACGCAGCAAGCUGGGCUCUGGAGCCGCCUGAAGAGCUGCUGCAUUCGCUGCUGGCUCUGCAGAUGCUGCCCCUGUUUGCAGCGCUGCUGCCCCUGCUUGCAGCGCCGCUGCCCCUGUUUGCAGCGGAAGAAGCAGGAGGUCCCCUAG